AUGGCCCAGAUGUGGCUCUCAGCCAUUAUACUUUUAUACGCAAAUCACGUUUUGAGUGAAACGACAUCACCGUCAAAUUUUCCAUUCCCCCCAUCGUUUUCAUCAAACGAUACCGGAAGUCGCCUUUCGGAUGUUCAAUUAUCUUGUGCUGAAGGAUGGGAAAGAAGCGGAGAAAAAUGCUUCCGCCUUUUCCCAUCAACUCGUUCAUGGUCUCAAGCUUUAGCAACUUGCGAUCGGUACGGCGCCCAAUUAGCACGAAUCGAGUCUCCAAAUGAGAACGAAUUCUUGGGAAAAAUGACCCGGAAACCCGGUCGAACACAAACAACCGGACAACCAUUUUGGAUUGGAUUGAGUGCCGAGGAACAAGCAGGUGAUAUUGUUUUCCGUUGGUCAGACGGAACUCCUGUCUCUCGUUAUACCGGCUUUUGGGAACACGAUCAGCCAGAUCAUGGAUCGGGAAGCUGUACUUUAGCUGGUGUGCAAAAAGCUUCAUUACAAUGGAGAUUGGAUCAAUGCAACUUGCUGUUGCCUUUCAUUUGUGAGAGACCAGCGUGCGUCAAAGGCGCAUUUUUCUGUCUUAAUGGCGGAUGUGUUCCUGAAGGAAAACAUUGCAAUGGAGUUGAUGAUUGUCGAGAUUUGAGUGAUGAGCUCAAUUGUCCCGCCUCUCAUUCUGAGCUUGCUUGUCUUCAGUAUGAAAAAGGUGAAAGUGGGAAAUUUGCUACUCCAAAUUACCCAGCUAGUUACAAGGGAAACACAGCUUGCCGAUGGGUUAUUGAAAGUCCGAUCAACACAAGAAUUCAUCUCGAAUUUGAGUAUUUCGAGACAGAAGCGAAUGAGGAUAUCGUGACAAUUCUUGAUGGUGGACCCUCAGAAAAUGCAUCCACCGUUUUGGCAUCAAUUUCCGGAAAUAAAUCUCCAGAAGAGCUCUCUUUCACAUCUGCUUCAAAUAUUAUUAUUGUAAGAUUUCGAUCAGAUGCCCUGGUUCAAGCGAGAGGUUUUCAAGCAAAUUGGAAAGCAGUGCCAUUCCAAUGUGGCGGUGAAUUGACGGCUCAACCAUAUGGGCAAAGUUUCUCGAGUCCCGAUUAUCCAAAUGGAUAUCCAAAUGAUGUGGAAUGUGUUUGGAAAAUUGAGGCGUUGUUUGGCAAUCUAAUCACAAUUGCGUUGGAAGAUCUUUCUAUUGGGAAAAAUGACUAUCUUCUUAUUUAUGAUGGACCAUCACCGGCUGCACCAAUUCUCGCUCGAUUAAGUGGAGAGAAAAAUGAUACAAAUGAUCAUAUAACAUCAACUUCUCAUUCAAUUUAUAUUUAUUUCUUUUCGGAUGGACUAAAAGAAAAGGGAAGAGGAUUCACACUUGGAUAUAAAAGAGGUUGUGACGUAACAGUUCGUCAAUCAUCUGGAUAUCUUAUUUCACCGGGAAAUACGAGGAUUCCUUAUCCGGGACUUCUUUCUUGUACUUACACAAUCGAGGUUCCAAAUGCGAGAGGAGAUCAUUCACUUUCACUUAUUACUAAUCGUUUCGAUCUUGCAGUUGAUGAUUUCUUGAAGGUGUUUGAAGGGUCGACAACUGGAAAACCUCUGCAUGAAGGCGAUGGAUUUUCAGCCCAACAACGACCACCAAAACAGCUUUUUGCGAGACAAGGACGAGUACAAAUGAUUUUUGAGACAAACGCAAUACGAAGUGGCACUGGUUUCAAUUUCACUUUUUCAACUAAUUGUUUACCAUUGAGAGUUCCAUCAUUGGUUACACUAUCAUCGAAAUCGACAACAUAUGGAACGACUUUAACAAUCGCUUGUCCAAGAGGUUAUGAAUUUUUGAAUGGGAAAGGGAAACAAUACACAAUUUUGUGCGAACUUGGUGGAAAAUGGUCAGACUCGAAGAUUCCCGAUUGUCAACCCUUAUACUGUUCUCCUGUUCCCCAAAUUGCCAAUGGAUUUGCCGUCUCAGCCACAAAUGUCUCAUUUAUGGGAAGAGCUCGAUAUUCUUGUUAUGAGGGAUUCAAAUUCCCUUCUGCUCGUGAAUCCGAAGAAAUCUUGUGUUCCGAAGAUGGUCAUUGGACACCUCCCCCACAAUGCAAAGCUGCCAGUUGCCCAGCUUUGAGUCCAUUCCAGAAUGGAGAUCGUUCACUUGAAUUUGGAGAUGGAACUGGCUAUGGAACGGUCUUUAAAUUUGAAUGUACUCCCGGAUAUAGAAGAAUCGGUGCUUCGACUCUUUUAUGUCAAACCGACGGAACGUGGAGUUUUGUGCAGCCAAUUUGCAAACGUUUAACUUGUUCAAAUAUCCCUAAAAUUGGAAACGGACGUAUUGUGGUCGAAGAAAAAUUCCAUUUUGGUGAUACUGCUCGUGUCGAGUGCGAUUUCGGAUAUAAAAGUGAUGGAGCUGAUGAGGUGAAAUGUUUGGCGAACCAGACCCUCUCGUCGAUUCCCAAAUGUAUUGAUAUUGACGAGUGUGCCGAGCAAAAAUCUCUUUGUUCAGAAUCAUCCACCAUUUGCAAGAAUCUACCUGGUGGAUACACAUGUCAAUGUUUGUCAGGAUUUUCCGGGCCGAAAAUUUGCUCUAAUCCAUCACCGCUAUAUUUGGCUAAAGUUGGGGCUUCAUCCGAAAAUUUCCUAUAUCCAACAGCUACUCUUUCAAGAGGAGGAUGGUGUGCAGAAGAAGGCGAUUUGAAGAAGACGGUCACAAUUGACUUGGGGACCCCGAAAACGGUAGAAAGAUUGCAAAUCGAGAAAACCUCUGAGGGAUAUCCCACUCGAAUCUCCUUGCGAUUUGCCGAAAAUGCCUCAAGACCUUUAGAGCAGUACACAGUUGGAAAAGAUUCGAUAUUUCCCCUUCGAGGAGUGUCCAUGUCUGGUGGAGAACUCUUUACGUUGCCACACCCAAUCGAGGCACAAAUCGUUGAAAUAAAACUUGUGGAAACAAAAGGAUCACCUUGUGCUCAAAUCACGGUAUUGGGUUGCCAGAAAAGCUCAUGCUUAGACAUCAAUGAAUGUGAGGGAAAUAAUGGAUACUGUGAUCACAUUUGUUUCAACAAAAUGGGUUCUUAUGAAUGUGGUUGUCGAGAGGGUUUUGAUCUUUUUGUUGAAGAUGGACAAAGUGGACGAAUUGUGAAAGAAGGAGAGACUGGCAAGCAUAAUCUCGAUGUAUACAGAUUCAAUAAAACGUGUGUACCAAGAGUUUGCCCUACUGUCACUUCACCGAUUAAUGGGAAACUUCUCGCAACUCACAAAGAAUUUGUUUAUCCGAUGACUGUCAAAUUCCAAUGCAAUUUUGGAUAUCAGAUGAUGGGAGCUGAAUUCAUCCAAUGUCUUGCUGAUGGUACAUGGAACGGGACAACCCCAUUUUGUCUACCUGCCACGUGUCAAGGUGUGCACAAUGUAUCGACGAUCGGCCUUUAUGUAUCACCGGAUAAUGCAACAAUUGCUUUUGGUCAAAAUGUUUCCAUUACCUGCACACAUCAAAAUAGACCAGCCCCUUCAAUGUUCUUUCGAGAAUGUGUCUAUGAUCCACAAAACGAUGGCAGAGACUAUUGGUUGAGUGGAGCACCGGUUGACUGUCCGAUGAUUGAUUGCGGUCGUCCGCCACAAUUGGCUGGAGCUGUUUAUGGCGGAGAUAAUGGGGUCUACGAGGUGGGAGCUUCGUUGCGCUUUUCUUGUCGGCCUCCAUAUGCUUUGGUGGGUCGUUCUUCUUACGAUGACACUCUCGUUCGGUGUCAUCUUGAUGGCUCGUGGGAUAUCGGAAAUCUUCGAUGUGAAGGACCUGUUUGUGUUGAUCCGGGCUAUCCGCCAGAUGGCUCUGUCUCCUUGACUUCGGUUGAAGAAGGAGCGGUAGCAAAAUUCUCGUGCAACCGACCUGGGUUCAAACCUUUCCCUUCUGACGCUAUCAACUGCACUCUUGGAACGGCAUGCAGUCUUUCGGAAGAUCUUGGAAUCAGCGAUGGAUAUGUUCCAGAUGGUGCUUUUAGUGACAAUGCUGAUACUGUCAACUACGGCUAUGAGCCAUAUAAGGCAAGAAUGAGCUCGACUGGAUGGUGUGGUCAAAAUGACACAUUCAUUUUCCUCUCCGUUGAUCUGCAAAGAGUCUACACAUUGACCACUUUGAGGCUAUCAGGAGUAGCGAAUGGAGGUCCUUUAAGAGGACAUGUGACAAAGAUGCAAUUGUUCCACAAAAGUCAAUACACUCACAAUUAUGACACAUAUCCUGUGGAAUUCGAAACGCCGUCUGGAAAUCACAACGCAAUGCAUCAUUUUGAGUUGCAUCCAUCGCUCCAGGCUCGCUACUUAUUGUUGGCAGUGACCGAAUAUGAAGGUAGUCCAUGUAUGAAGUUUGACGUUCAAGGAUGUCUGGCUCCAACUUCUAUUCAAGAUAUCCCCAUUCACUUACAAGUCGGCUGGAACGCUUCUGUACCGACGUGUAUCGAUAGUGAACCACCGGAGUUCAGUAAUUGUCCGGUGAAUCCAAUCUAUACAACUACUGACGAGAACGGCCAAAUCAAGCCUAUUGAGUACGAGAUUCCAAAAGCCUUGGACAAUUCGGGUCGAGUCGCAUGGGUGAGAGUUGAGCCACAAGAAUUUGAGCCUCCGAGAGUGAUCACUGCUGAUCUUGAUGUACUCUAUACGGCUUUCGACGAAGCGGGAAACACAGCUGAAUGUUUAGUGCAGAUUCGAAUUCCAGACACUUUACCGCCUGUGAUGAAAUGCCCUGACUCGUACGCACUGUGGGCAUCGGAAGGAAUGAAUUCAACAGAAAUUAUCUUUAAUGAAAUGAGCGUCCCGAUGGUCAUUCAAGAUAUUUCCAAUAUCACCGCCGUCACUUUUGUCCCCGAAAAAGCGACAAUCAAACUUGGGGAAUAUGUAACAGUUGAAGUAACAGCCAUUGAUGCGCUCGAGAACAGCAAUAAGUGCAGCUUCCAAGUCGCCUAUAUGCCGGAAAUCUGUUCCCCUUGGUCAUUGGCUAGUGCCUCGAAUACAUUGAAGAUUUGCCGGGAAAGAAAUGGAGCCACAACUUGCACAAUUUCUUGUAAAAAGGGAUAUCGCUUUGUGGAUGAGGAAAAGACGGAAAAGGAGUUUAUUUGCUCUGAUGGGACAUGGUCUCCAUCAGGGAUUGCCCCAUCUUGUGUUCAAGAUCCAGAUGAACCGGCUCGAUAUGAGCUGGGUGUUGCAUUUGAUUAUCCCAUUGCUACACCAGUCAGCACCGAUUGUAUAAAGGGUUACACAGCACUUGUUGCAACAUAUUUUGAUUCUCUCGACACAGUGCUCUCAUCUCGGUGCUCCUCAUCCGUUCAAAUUUAUGUUCGUUUUCUUGAUGUUCGCUUUGAUCAACAACCUGGAAAUCUACGAGGAAACUAUACGAUACAGAUUCUCCCAUCCGUGCUGCAAGAUGUUUUCUAUGAACUUUGUGGCUUGACCCUUCGGACAAUCUUUGAUCUCACAAUUCCAGGAGCUACUACAUCGAUUAAACAAUUGCUUUCAUUGGAUGCUGGGGCUACACAAUCAGGACAAUGUCCUACACUUAUUGCCGCUAACUCUAUGAUUUCUCAAGGAUUUGGAUGUGCUGAUGGAGAAGUUUUGCGACCUUCACAAGAGAAAAAUCUUCCCGAAUGCUUCCCAUGCGCUGUUGGAACAGUGAAUGUAAACAACACAUGUCUCAAAUGCCCCCGUGGAUCUUUCCAGGAUGAAAAGGGACAAGUUGCUUGUAAAGCUUGUCCAGAUGGCCACUACACUCACUAUUCAGGGGCCUACUCCAUCGAGCAAUGCUUAGCCAUUUGUGGCAAUGGUAUGUACUCACCAACGGGAUUGAUUCCAUGCCAACUUUGUCCUCGACACACCUAUGCUGGACCACCACCAGUCGACGGAUACAAGGAAUGCACCUCAUGUGAGCCGGGCUCUUACACGGCUCGUCUCGGCUCUACAAGUCCAUCUCAAUGCAAAAGGGCCUGUCAAUCAGGCACUUUCUCUUUAACUGGAUUGGAGCCAUGCUCGAAAUGCCCUCAAAACUACUAUCAAUCAAAUGCUGGCCAACAAAAAUGCAUUGAGUGUGGUAAUUCGACGGCUACGUUCACAGAUGGGGCUGGAGCAGAAGAUCUUUGUUUGCCGAUUGAUUGUGCGGCUAUCGCUUGUGAAAAUCAAGGUCUUUGUGCAAUUGUCAACCAUCGAGCGGUUUGUAAGUGUCGACCUGGGUACUCAGGAUCUCGUUGUGAGAAUGCAAAUGAGAUCUGUGCUUCAAACCCAUGCUUCAACAAUGGGAUCUGUGAGCCAGCUGCCGGAGGAUACAGAUGCAUUUGCCCAAGAGGUUAUUCUGGUGCUCGUUGUCAAAAAGAGAAAGACGAUUGUGAUGGAGAGAGCUGUCCAAAUGGGGGAAUUUGUCACAAUAUGCCAGGAAUCGGAAAUAAGCAAUGUCUUUGCAGAACCGGCUUUGCUGGUCCAGAAUGUGAAGAAGUGACAGAUAUCUGCACGGCGGCUAAUCCUUGUAGAAAUGGAGCAGAUUGCACGCCAUUACAAUUGGGUCGUUUCAAAUGUAAAUGUUUGCCUGGUUGGGAUUCAAUUCAGUUA